CACAUUCAAAAAGAGCUUGCACUCCAGCGCAACGUUCAGUUAAGCACAGACGCACAGUCUCUCUCCUCGGGUCUCUUUCGAAACAUUUGGUGGAGCCAAACAAAAAAUAAGCAGCCAUGGAUGCCAUCAAGAAGAAGAUGCAGAUGCUCAAGCUCGACAAGGAGAAUGCCUUGGACAGAGCAGAGGGAGCCGAGGGAGACAAGAAGGCAGCAGAGGACAAGAGCAAACAGUUAGAGGAUGAAAUAAGUGAGUUGGAAAAGAAAUUACGGAUCACCGAAGAUGAACGUGAUAAAGUGCUUGAUGAGUUCCAAGCCGCCGAGGAAAAGUUGCUGAACGCCGAGGAGGUGGCCACCAAGGCUGAGGCCGAUGUCGCUUCCCUUAACAGACGUAUCCAGCUCGUUGAGGAGGAGUUGGAUCGUGCUCAGGAGCGUCUGGCAACUGCCCUGACCAAGCUGGAGGAGGCUGAGAAGGCGGCUGAUGAGUCCGAGAGAGGCAUGAAGGUCAUUGAGAACAGGGCCUCCAAGGAUGAGGAGAAGAUGGAGCUGCAGGAUAUCCAGCUGAAGGAGGCCAAGCACAUCGCUGAGGAGGCUGACCGCAAAUACGAGGAGGUCGCCCGUAAACUGGUCAUCAUUGAGAGUGAUCUGGAACGUACAGAGGAGCGCGCUGAGCUUUCAGAAGGCAAAUGCUCUGAGCUUGAGGAAGAGUUGAAAACUGUCACCAACAACCUGAAGUCACUGGAGGCCCAGGCUGAGAAGUACUCACAGAAGGAGGACAAGUACGAGGAGGAGAUCAAGGUCCUCACUGACAAGCUGAAGGAGGCUGAGACUCGUGCUGAGUUCGCUGAGAGAUCAGUAGCCAAACUUGAGAAGACCAUCGACGACUUGGAAGAGAAACUGGCACAUGCUAAAGAAGAGAACCUCGAUAUGCACCAGAUGCUGGACCAGACACUAAUGGAACUAAAUAACAUGUGAAAGCCUGGUUUACCCACUGGUUUUGGCUUUCUGUAUUUGCACCUCGCAUGCCAUGAACCCUCCUUCCAUGCCCAUGUUGAGGAACACACAAACUGAUGCUUUUCCUUUUGCACCAUCCUGCUUUCAGUGGAACUCAACAAGGAAGGUACAACAUUUCCUUAAUGAAACCCAAAAUGAGAAACACUUCUAUUUUUGCCAGCUGAUUUUAUAAUGAUGUCAGCAUUUUGUAAUCAUUGAGUUUAGUUUGUUUUUGACAAGUUAUCAGGUGAAAUGAUGUGCCUUUUGCUACAAAGGUUAUUUUUAUCUGCAUUUGAUAGAUUGAAGGGGAUGAAUCUGGCACAUACCCAUUUCACCCUGGUUAUGCACAUACCUUACAUUUCAAUCAAAGACAUAGUGGAAAAAUGUUGCACUUAAUUCAACUUCAACGUACGCACAGAAUUAGUAGUGUAGGAGAACACAUGAUUUUAGUUUUUGAAGACUUCUGUAUUUCUUAGUUUCCUCAAGUAAGUAUACAUUGGAUAAGCCUGUCCACAUGUAUAUUGGUGCUGUGUUAGGGGGUUGUUUCACCAAUUCGGUACCUUUUUGAGAAGUGUUUCUUGAUUUCACCUAAUUUAAACAUUCUGUCAUGACGAGCACAUUCAUGUUCAAUGUUUUCCCAUCUCAAGAGGGGGAAAAUACUAUAGUAAGUACCAAAUAAAGUAACAGGGUUGGUCAGACCGUAACAGGGUUGGUCAGACCGUAACAGGGUUGGCGAUUUCAUCUUAAAUCAUCCAUAAAUCCCCUUGUGACAUAGGAAAUAGAAGUUUGUUGUGUGCAACAGGGAUUGGUAAUUGAAUGCAAGCUUCACAAAAAUGCUUAAAACAUUUCUAGCCUGUAUCUAUGGGUAACAGAGUUGACGUGUUAUGCUCGACCCACUCGGUUUUCCAAUUUGACUAUGAUCAAUGUUUCUUUUGAAUUUUUUUGUUGUUGAAAGGAAUAGUUUCAAAGAAACAAAGCUAUGUCUUUACAAUGAUGAUGGAAAUGUAAAUACAUUUUAGGGUUAAGUGGGGUAAAAUCUUCCUAGAGGAUUUUGGCACUUUAGCAGGUAUUUAUUCUAUAAAAAAAUCUGAUUUAUUGAAUUCUCCAUGUUUAUAUUAAAAAGCACUUCCUUUUAAUAUAACAUGCUUUUUAAAUUCAAUAUUGGUGCACAAUUUCUACUUAACAUAUCAGAGGGAUGCAAAAAGCACUCUUUUCGUGGAAUAACCCUAGGACAUUUUAGGAAAGGCCAAAAUUAAUUUUGUUUGUAUACUGAUUUGUAUUUUUUUGCCUAUAUCAAUCCGUGGUUAGAAAGGGAUCUACUUACACUCCAGAAGUAUAUUUAUUUUUCUUUUCAUCCUUAAACUCAUUACAAAAUCUCUAUGGCAACAUUCUUGCUAAAUGCAUUCCUGUUUUUGUUUGUUUAAACCAUGGUUCGAAAACAACAUUUUUGUCUUGUCUAGAAAUAUGAUUUGAAUCAUGUGGGUCUGCCUCACUUCUUUUUGCUAUUUUUUUAAAAUGUAUAUCAUCUGAAAUGUAAAAAAUAGUGAAUAUAAAUAAAACAGCACAGUUUGAGAUUUUCUAAA